AUUAGCAUAUUCAUGUUAGUUAUAGGUUCGUCCCUGCAGGGCACAAAUUGCUAACCCUGACAAUGUUAUUUCCAUUCUACCCAUUGAUCUUCCUCUCUAACAGCAAUAUGAUCUGCUACAUUAGUACAAUGCUCAUUUAAAGGCAAGCAGUAAGUGUUAACGGAUAAGACCUCCGAGCCCGACCCUGAGCAUCCUCCUCCUGCUUUGACAAGUGCUUAACUUUGAAGAUUUAAUAUGAAGUCAAUGAGAGUUGUAACCUUGGUGCUUGUUUGGAAGUAUGUUUUGUUUUGUUGUGCAUUUUACAAAGCUGAGACACUUCAGAGGGCUUGUGUUACAGUAACAGGCAGAAAGUCCCAUUUCCUUGUUCAUUCAGGAGGUGUCUUGGUGGAAUUAAUGAGAGAAAAAUCAAAUUUUAAGCUUCUGUGGUUUAAUAUACUUGCUUCCCAAAGGCAUUUUCUCAUCUUUAUGUAGCUGUAAACGUAGUCAGUGUCAACACACAUUGAGAUGAUGAUUUGAUAAUCAGUACUGACUUCAUCUCACAGCAUCAGUUCUGCCUUAAUUUUCAGUAAAACUUUCACAAACUCUUACUGAAAUGUAUUUGAGCUGCUGUUAUCAGUCCAAAAACGUUUACAGAUAUGCUCCUAAUGUGGAUUUAAACAGUCUGCUGACAUCCUACAAGCAGAAAGAAAAUGCCUCUCGUGAUUUACAGCUCCGAUAUCCUGACGCCCAGUGCUUAAAACUUCUUUAAUUUCAUCAGAUGGAUUGUAAAUUACAAUGUCCAGUUCUGUUAGUGUUGCCAGGUGUAAGAUAAUUAUUGAAUUUAUAUUUACCCCCUUUAUCGCUGUACCAGCUAUUAUUAUCUAUUAUUAAUGAAAGGUUGUGGAACAAUCAUCGAUGAUGUGUUGCAGAAAACUGAUGCUGGAUCUGUCAUAAUUGAUCAAAUCACAUCUCUGCUGAGAUCUCAUGAGACUGCCACUCACAACCUUGUUUAAACUCUUUGUCACUGUAUUUUACAACUUUUUUUGUACGAAUAUGGUACAUAAGUCCUUUAAUCUACACCUACUGUGGGCUCAUUGCAGUCAACUCUGUGAACCCGUGGAAGUAUUGUGACCUUUGGCACGGAUUCAUAAAGGAUGCAAGGCAAACUCAAUUAUGUGUGCGCUGCAAUCUGGAUUUAAAUGGACAAUAAUUUGCCCUGAAAUAUGAUAAUUCUUGACUUAUUUGUUUUUUUAGCACCUGGCUAUCAAUCACCAACUAAUUCAUAUGCUGCUUCUUUUUGCUUCAUCCAUCUGUCUUGUAAUGGCAUCUUAAAACAAGUUGACUACAUUAUGACAAAACAUAAGAACAAGCGUCUUGGCAUUUCUGACUGGGUUUUGCUGAAAUCUAAAAUAAUGAUACACCUGUCAGCCCAUUUUAAUGUCUAACACUGAUUGGCCCAAGGUGGGGCACAAAACAAGAUGGAUAUUUGUGACUGCGAGGGAGGGGGUCUACAUAAUUUGUGGGGAACACUGUUUGUUUAUUGUUACCUUGUUAGAAAAUGGAACGCUGUCUAACUGAUGGAUGGUUGUAAGAUAAGACUGACUCUGUUAGUCCCUGAGGGGAUAUUUGUUUCGGACCAUGAAAUAAGCACUUUUGCUUAAGAAUGGAAACAAACACACUGACAGCAGCAAAUAGUCACAUAAUUAAAAGUACAAUGUCUGUCGGCAAAGGUUAAUGCAUCCUAACUAUCUCCUAUGAAUACUGUCCCCUUGAUACACACACACACAUUCACUUCAUCUAAGAGAAAUUAAAGUGCACGUUUAGUGCUGGUUGUUGUGUUAAUUAAACUGAGAGAUUACAGUUUUCCAUGUAAGAACUUUGGAAAAACCUAUUUCUCACAGAGGUCAUCUUUCCUCCACAAUGUUACAUGACCUGAUGCUGUUAAAAGGCACAAGAGCCAAGCGCCCACCCCUCUGGGCUAACUAGAAGCAGAUGCUUGGCUAGUGAGGCUUCCUACUGGCUUUUGUUUAUGUUCUUGAGCACAUUCCUUUUCACCUCCUCCACGUGUCUGCCCUGCUGUGGCCGUCCCCGUGCUGGAUGUCUAUACAGCUGGAGCCGAGAGCAGCGACGGGACCGUUAGAGACCUGAACGAGAGUCCCUUUGGUGAGUUUCAUUGGCCCCGGUUCUCGUGAACUCAAGACAGCUGGAAAUCGUUCCCCUGUCACGUUGGCUUAAAAAAAAAAAAUAAAAAGGAAAACCUUGUGGAAGCGACUGAAGGCCUGUUGGGUCUGGACAUCUUAUCGAACUCCUCCCUGAGCUCCUGCUGCGGUUAUAAGUCAGUGAGUUUGGGCUGGGAAGCUUUGUCUACAGCUCUGGCACCAGGCCCUUCAUGUGGGACCGAGUUUAAAGUUUCUGGGCCUGUGGUGCUUUUCCACCAGCUCUGCUUCUCCUGUUUCUCUGGCUCGCACACCGCUCUCUGCGCUGUGUGAUUACUGUAAAGAAUCUGGCAGAGCCCAGAUAAUCUGUGCAUCCAGCUGUGUCAUGUCGUAAAGUACCUUUAAUGCAAGUUAACCACAUCAUUUAAGGUACACUGCAGUCGCAUGCUGAUUCCAGCCUUACAAAGACAAAUAGUUUGCAAAGUCUUGGGGAAAACCGUGUCUUAAGGCAUUUGUGUUGAAUGAGCCCAUGUCCUAAAUGAUUCACCAACACAUAAAUAUUAUCUGCAGUGCUUCAGGACCACUGCAAAGGGCUCCAGUGACAUUUUUAAAGAGGUUUGCCCGCCUGAGCACAUCCUCUCUUUAAAUGUUCACAGCUUUUUAUGCUGGGAAAAAUCAGUUGUGACUGCUCUCUGGGCGUUUACCUCAAGACCCAGUCGAGCUCCCAGGUCAGCCUGCCAGGGGAGAAGUAGGACAGCCAGCAAAUUAAGAUAUUUGGAUUAGACCACUUAAGCUGUGGAGCAGAUUUUUAUUCUUAUGUGUUAGGCACGUUGUGAGUCACAGCUCUGCGUCUUUUAGACUGGAAGGAAUCCAGUGAUGAUCUGUGCAUGAAAAUCAAUAAACUACAGAUGUAAUAGAUGGGCGUUGUACACUGUUAUGCCUCCUCAGCACAAUUCAAGGCUGUCUGGGGAAAAUGUGUUAAUCUCUAAGGUAACUGUUUCUGCACGGACUGAACAUCUCGCAUCAUCAUGUAAAUGCAGCUACGAAUGUCUCUCAAUGGAUCUGUUUUUGUUGUGUAACCCAUAAAUCCUCGCAGUUACCUUUUAACAAGAAGACUGACUGAUGACGGCUUAGUAAAAAUAGGAACUGUAAAAUCUGGAAUUAAUUUCUCAUUCUGUCACCUGUGUCUCCAUCCUGAACUCAGCAAUGUAGAUUUAUUCUGUUCUUGAAAUGUAGGGCAGGCAGAGAGAGCAGGUCGAAGACAAUAGAGGCAGUUUGAUUUCAGUGGGAGUCCCUCUUAUGCAGUAUAAUACACUAUAUAUAUGUAAUCGUUAUGUAACGUGUGCCACGGUGCUUCUGCUUUGGUUUGCAUUGUAUUUUUAGCAGGCUGACAGCAUGGCAUGGAUGAGUGUCAUUCUUUGGCCCGUCAUGUGGCCGUGUAGUCUCUCUGACGGGGGAGUGACACUGCAGAGCUCUCCGCUGCUUUGCGUCCAUUGGACAGCAAUAAAUUAGGUCAAUAUUUUUUGUUAUAGUUAUGUACCAAGUGAGGAGUUAACUGUACUCGCGGUGUGCUCCAUGAAACAAUACCCAUGUUUUCCGUCAGGUUGAGUCUCAUGCAAAAUCCCUCUGGGUCAAUAAAGCAGCAGUCAUUUGCAAGAAACGAGAUAGCCGCUGUACUGGCCGACACCCUGGGUAAUUCCACCCCUCCUUUCAUUAAUAUAUCAUAUGGACUACAUAUGCUUUGCAUAGGUUUUAAAUGAAGAACAGAACUAGGAUUGGCUUUAAGUUUUAAGUGGUUGUUCUGCACUUGACAAAACCACACAUGCCAUGCUAUCUCCUGCCUUUCAUCGUGCCUGUGAAAUACAAGAAUGUGACCCCAGGACCUUGUGCUUGCACACACAGAACUUCAUCAAUGUCUCACUCUCUUUCAGACUGUCUGUCAGCCUGUCAGCCUUUUCACACACACGCUCACAUGCAGGCUUUUAAUGGCAGAGAGUGUUGGGAGCACGUGAUAAGGUGCAAUAGGAAUGUGUGUGUUUGUCCCAUCACUGCGAGCUUCCCACACAUAUCUUUUUCUAUUUUACUUUUGCUGUUGUUUUCUGUGUGCCUCAGCUGUUCUGUCACUCCACCAAAAGAAGGGAAGGGUUAUUAUAAGACAAUCUGUAUUCGUGAAGCUAUUUACACCGGCUGAGUUUUCACUUGCACCGUCGCUGCAGUGGACCUGUUUUUGUUUUGAAAUUAUGAAUUUUUUAUUGUGUUUUAUUUAGUAUUUCUGAAAGAUAAGUGAGCACAUCCUGUCCUCUGGGUGUUUCACCAAUGUGUUGUAAUGCGAGUGUCCCAUGAACAUUUAUGAGUCUGCGCUGUGUGUUGGACAGGAAGCUGAACACACACUGUGGUCCCGGACUCAUGAUGCUGUGCAGAUGUUCGGCCCUUAGAGCUCCUAGGUCCACCUAACUCACCUCUGUUCCUUCUGCCUUAUCAGGGCUGACCAGGCAUCACUUUGCACAGAAAAUUAGCUCGCUGUGACUUGUCUUCUCAUCAGCUUCACCACAGUGAAGAAGUGAUGAGGUGAGAUGUAUUUGUAAUCCGAGUGCAAGAGCCAGAACACAGUGAACCAGCGUUUUCUCACCAUCUGUCAAUAGCUGGACGUAAUCAGCAGAGACAGAAACAUAAAUCGCUCUUUAUUUGGACAUAAGCUUGGCUCAAUGACCCUGCAAAGAUCAUUUCAUUAUAGCAAUAAACAGCUUUAGUUAGAUUUACGUAAACAAACCUCUCUCUCUCCGCCAAAUGUUGUGUCUAAAAGAAUCUAACUGUAGACAGAAUCACAGACUGAAAAUAACCUGAACCUGUUAAUGAAGAAAAUACAGAAACAAAUGGGAUUCUGUUCCAUCUGCUGCUGCAGCCUGGAUGACAGGAUUCAGCCUGCUUGGUCUUAUAUCGAAAAUGGAGUGGCUGCUUUUAUGUUUGUGCUUCUCGACAGUUUGUACGGCAACAUGUGUGAAAAGGACACUUUCACCUAAAAUGUUUUCAGCACCGCUGCUGAUCAAAGACUGAAACUGAUGAUGUCCAGAUGGAGGAGAUUCACUGGUAGAGGUCAGAGUAGAGGAAGAGUUUGUCACUUUGAUCUCUUUUCGUGACUUGUGAUCGUCUCUGAUGGUGAGGGGAAUAAAAGGAUGUACUAACAGCGGUUUACGUAUUUGCAAUGGCAGCUGAGGUCUUGUUAGCAUAGCAUCACACAGACUGGAGUUGGCAGCGUUUUUACCUUUCUUCUGAGCCAACGUACUUGCACUACUAACACACCCUGCUAAUUGAACCUCCUUUUCCCACACCCUCUUACUGCAUAUGCUUGGAAUCACAGACCUUGUCUAGUUGAAUUAUUCAGAGUAACUUUUAUGUUACAAAAUCUGCUUGCAAUGAAAUGGCUAUCUGGCUGAGAAAUUGUCCCUGAUUGUGUGCAGCAACUUGGGAAUGUUUUUAAAGAAAUAACACAGCUUUCCCAUCCUCGGUUUGCCAUCUGUACAAAGUUAUGUUUUAUAUGAGAGACCUGUUUGAAUAGCAUCCUGUUUCUUAUCUAUGUACUUGCUAUGCAGGUACACAGUUCUCAUAGCUCCUGAUUUCAGUUGUCAUGAGCCCAAUGUGUUCCUGUAGAUUUGCUUGGCUGACCAGGAGAGGAACGAGAGUACCGGCAGGAGUAAAGCUUCAUUUGAACCCACAGAGACAAACUCGUGUCCCGGAGGCUCGAGUGUCAAGAGGUUGAGUGAUGAAUCUGGUCACUGAGGCAGACUAAGACUUUACACCACACCCAGACAGACGCUGCCAAAGGAAAAAAAGUCCACUGUAAAACUAAACAGUAUUUUGUUCUUCAGCAAUUUAGCCUUCUGUAAGACUUUUAUGCAGAAUGUAGAUCUGUGUUGUCAAGCAGAGGUAAGAAGAACAUUAUGUAACCUCUCUUUAUCCACAUACUGUCACAUAAGAGUGAGGGCUCAAGGCAAUAUUGUCGACUGAAGAAUAAUUGGGUAAAGAAAUGUCUACAGUGAGAAGGAGAACCAUUUCUUAUCAAAUAUAUGUAUCCUUGUGUGUCACUGCAGGUUGUCUUGAUGUAUUUUUCAUCUUUGUAUUCACAGAGUUUGAUCAGUAAGAACACACGGUCCGAAACAGCUACAAAAGUCUGGUGUUACUCUAUUUCUGUGACAUACAAUAGAGUAUUGUAUGUAGUGUUCAGAAAAAAAAAACCCCACACAGCCCACAGUGGAAUUAUAUAAGACCAUAGGGACAUUUUAUUUCAGUAUUCAUAUAGGAUCAAAUGAGUAACCCUUAAUGAGUGGCUACACGUUGUUACAUCCAAUGCUUAGUGCCGUUGCAUUCAUAAGAACUUCAAUUUCGAUAAUCAAGUGUAGAUCUGAUAUUUAAAAUGUCAAACCAAAGUUAAAGUUGUGAUGCAACUUUGUCUACCAAUUAAUGCAUGAUAAAUAUAUGAAAUCAGAUUUUGGGUUUCUACCUCUAACUAGAGAAACACCUGUGGGCCUUUUUCCUUAACAUACAAAAUAUAGUUGUUAUUAAGGGGUUAAUAAGUAUGUGAUGCAAAUGUGUUUGCCAUUUCAUCCUCCUAAAAUCAAAUCAAGGUGGCAAAAAGUGCCUUUUAAAUGAAGCAAGCAACACAAUUUCAACAUUUUUGGCAAAGCUUCCAGCAGCUGCUCUUUGUACAUAUGUCUUAGUCUCUCCUCACACCAUUAAUUUUGCUCUCAGUUGUGUCUUUGGCCCCGAUUGUUUUAGGAGUUUUGUCUCAGACUCUGACCUCAGUGGUCUUAAACUCCUCUUGUUUUCUUGAAAUGGCACUGUGAUCAUGACACUGCAAACAAUCAGUGGUCGACUGCAGAGUUGGAUCAAAGUAACACAGAACAUCAGGAAUCACUGGCUGUCCUCAGAGGGUGGUGAAAGUGUUUGUUGAGUCUCCCUGUGUUUCUGAAACAGAAAGUGCACUCCCGUUGUUAGGAGAUUGAACCGUUACUUGACUGAAACGAUCACGGCUGUAACUCAUGCAUUUGCUACAAUAUAUGAACAUAAUUGUGGUAGUGAAGUUUUGUAAUGAUGUCCUGGUAGGAAAAAGAACAUUCAACAACAUUAUUGAAGGUAACUUUAUCAUUGGGAAGUGACCUCUCAGGUGUUUGCUGUGGUGCCAACCUGUUUACUCGGCCAUGUCGGUGUACCUUUCAGUCUGUGCUUCUUCAUAAAGUGUAGAUGAUGAUGUGCAGUCAGGACAUGCCCUUCUUAGGAUAGAUUAAGGAAACUACUGUUUGUUGGCGUUUAUCACCCCGCUUAAUGGGCUCCAUGAUAUCACAAGGCUUCUAAUCAGUGGGUUUUUAUGUGGGACCGGCCUGUAAUUGAAUGUCAAGUGUGAAGAAACACCUCACUGCUCCCUUUUUAAAAUGCACACUCAGGUCUGUGUAGCAAGCCAGGCUUUAAUUGUGCUGUUUCAGUUUUUAGAAUUAGAGAAAUGUUUAAAACCCUCUAUACCAACUAUGUUCUGUUCUCUCCAGAGCCAAAUGUUUUGUCCUUUAGCCAGGACUCUGAACCUUUAGCUGGUCAUGUGAACUAAAAUCAAUCUGGUCAAAGAGCUUUAGCUAAUGGCUUUAACUGUGAAUGGCUACCUGCUACCUAAUUGUAGCCCCUCUCCUCCUCACAUUUUUACCCUCUUUUUUUAAUUUGCCCUUCUCCUGGCCUCUCCUCAGUAAGAUUUAUGACUCAGAUUUUUUAUUUCACUGCCAUAGCAAGGACGCAAGAACCGUCUGUACCUGCUACCACGACGAAAAUCAAUCUCCCCUCUCUCUCUGUCUCCCUCUCUGUCUCUAUGUCUGUCUAACUCCCUUCCCCUUUGUAACCGUGCAGGCAGUUGGCGGGGAUGGGAGAUGAUGGAGGACAAAGGCCCUCGUGUAGCCGACUACUUUGUGGUGGCCGGUCUGACGGACCCGUCCAAGCCGUUGGACCAGGAGAUCCACUUUGAUGAUGUCUGCCACAAGACGGCCAAGCCCAAGGCGCCCAUCACCGAUGUGGCGGUGGUGAUCCGCUCGAUGGGCGAGGAGGUGCCGCCAGGGUUUACAUGCAUAGAGGAAACACCAAGCGGCCAUUCAGCUGAUCUUAACAAUGGCGGCCUCAUGGCGCCCCAGAUCUUCCUGUGCUACAGGCGGGGUCGUGACAAACCGCCUCUCACUGACCUUGGCGUGCUGUAUGAGUGGAAGGAGCGACUGAAGCAGGGCUGCCACCUCAUCCAGACCACACCCUCCGGUCGCCCUGCCAACAUCAGCGGCAAUUCCUCCCAGCGCAUCUACGUCACGUACCGCCGGGCGCCCGAGAGCCAGCCGCACACCGCCCUGGCUGUCACCGACAUCUGCAUCAUCAUCCCGAGCAAAGGAGAGGCGCCCCCGCACACCUUCUGCAAGGUGGAGAAGAAUGUCAACAGCAGCAUGUGGGGCUCCUCUGUCUACCUGUGUUAUAAGAAGUCUGUGGCCAAAACCAACACAAUAGCCUACAAAGCAGGUCUAUUCAGCAGAUAUCCAGAGGAGGACUAUGAGUCAUUCCCUCUGCCAGAGUCUGUCCCGCUCUUCUGCCUUCCCAUGGGGGCCACAAUCGAGUGCUGGCCAGCUAACACCAAAUACUCCCUCCCUGUUUUUUCCACCUUUGUCCUCACCGGAGCCUCUGGGGAGAAGGUAUACGGUGCUGCCAUUCAGUUCUACGAGAACUACCCGCCGGAGUGUCUGACCGAUCAGCAGCGUUCCCAGCUGGGUCUCCUGAACCCGGAUCCACACAAACCCUCUUCUUCCUCCUCCUCCUCUUCCUCCUCAUCCUCCUCCAACACUACGCCGACGGCCACCAACAGCCCCACUAACAGCACCGCAACCCCACGCUUAGUCUACACCAACAAGUGUAUCUGUCUGCUUUCCCACUGGCCCUUCUUUGACGCUUUCCGCAAGUUCCUCACAUUCCUCUAUCGCUACUCCAUCUCCGGCCCUCACGCCCUGCCCAUUGAGAAGCACAUCUCUCAUUUUAUGCACAAAGUUCCCUUCCCUUCCUCUCAGAGGCCUCGCAUCCUGGUGCAGCUUUCCCCUCACGACAGUUUGAUGCUGAGCCAGCCAGUGUCUUCUCCUUUGCCACUCAGUGGUGGUCGAUUUUCCACGCUGCUCCAAAACCUCGGACCAGAGAACGCCGUCACCUUGCUUGUGUUUGCUGUCACUGAACAUAAGAUCCUGGUCCACUCGUUACGACCCGCCGUACUCACCAGCGUCACUGAAGCUCUGGUGUCUAUGAUUUUCCCGUUCCACUGGCCCUGCCCGUAUAUUCCUCUGUGCCCCCUGGCGUUGGCUGACGUAUUGAGCGCCCCCUGUCCAUUCAUUGUAGGAGUGGACUCCCGCUACUUUGAUCUUUAUGACCCCCCACCAGAUGUGAGCUGCGUGGACCUGGACACAAACACCAUCUUUCACAAUGAAGAUAAGCGAGCCCUCACAUGGAAGAUCCUGCCAAAGAAAGCCUGUAAAAACCUAAUGAAUGUGCUGAGUAAUCUCUACCAGCAGCUGGUUGACGGUCAGUUCCGGCCUGAUGGGCUGCUGGAGCUGAGCAUGAGUGAUUCGUCGGAGCUGAGCUGUGGGAAGAGCCUCCACAUGCUGGAGCUGGAGAUCCAGGAAGCCUUCCUGCGCUUCAUGGCAGCCAUUUUGAAAGGCUACCGUUCGUUCCUGCGACCCAUCACCCAGGCACCCUCUGAGAAAGCCACAGACGCCAGCUCACUUUUUGACUUGCAAGGGUUCUUGAAGAGCCGCGACCGCUCACACCAGAAGUUCUACUCACUAAUGACCAAAACACAGAUGUUCAUCCGCUUCAUUGAGGAAUGCUCCUUUGUCAGCGAUAAAGACGCCAGUCUGGCCUUCUUUGAUGACUGUGUGGACAAACUCUACAAUUCAGAGCGGGGUGCAGACAAAGGAGGAAAGGUGGACAGCGACAGGCCGGAGGAGACCAGGCUGAUAGAGAUUGAUGAAUCCCAGCGCAGUGAGCACACAGUCUUUAUCACACCUCCAGAGCUGCCUCCUCUGCCUGAGGGGGAGGAAUAUCCACUGUGCUACAGGUACGAUGGUUUUCCAGUGUUAAGUCUUGACCUGUUCGACCCUGUGGAGGGCCUGCGGACCCCCUCCUCCCGCCUCGCUGCCAGGCACAGCUGUCCCACCAGCCCUGCCCCCAUGUUUAGACGCACCAAGCAGGAGAUCAAGUCAGCCCAGAAGAUAGCCAAGAAGUACUCGUCCAUCCCCCAGCUGUGGUCCAAGUGCCUGCUCCGUCACUGCUAUGGCCUGUGGUUCAUCUGUCUGCCAGCAUACGUGAAGGUGUGCCACUCCAAGGUGCGGGCACUUCGCACCGCCUACGACGUCCUCAGGAAGAUGCAGGCAAAGAAACUGCAACCCCCCGACGAGGUCUGCUACCGGGUGCUGAUGCAGCUGUGUGGACAGUAUGGCCAACCUGUCCUGGCAGUCAGGGUCCUUUUUGAGAUGAAGAAGGCCGGAGUCCACCCCAAUGCCAUCACUUACGGCUACUACAACAAGGCGGUGUUGGAGAGCACGUGGCCCUCCAGCACCAGAGGAGGAUACUUCCUGUGGAUGAAGCUGAGAAAUGUCGUUCUGGGCGUGGCGCAGUUCAAACGGGCGCUACGACGGCCCGCUCCCCUCACCCAGAGCCCGCUGUCAGAUGGCAGCGACCUGGACGCUAUGAGUCACGGCAGCCUGGAUAGCUCUGCAGACACUAACCUGGCCGAGCAGGGCCCCUACGCCACUGACUCCGUCAAAGUAGACCCCACUGAUGAUAGAUCUAGCACAGGAGAUCAGUCAGACUUGGGUUAUAACUCACUGUCCAAAGAGGAGGUUCGGAGAGGAGACCCCAGUGCCCAGGAUGCCGUCCCUGACAAAGAUGACAAGAAGGAGAGCGACUGCAGCUCCUUGUCAGAGACUGAAAGUGCCAAGGGAAGUAAAGACUGCCUCCCUCAGCUGGACAUGGAAGUCCAUUCUUCCUUCAAAUCCCGUGGCAUUGUUCGUAGCAGUUGUCCGUAUGACGAUUCAUCCUGUAAACCCAAGAGCUCCGCCAGCGCAGGCCAUGUUGCAGGUCUCCUCUUUACUUCCUCUCUGGAUGAGAUCGGCGAGGUCCACACCAACAGUUUGCUCAGGAGACAUAAGAGCGCUCUGGAGGAGGUGGUGGGCAGCGCCAGCAGCGGCUCGGCCCUCGACUGGCAGGGUGUGAGGAGCCGCCGGCUGAGCGGCGACACAGUGGGCAGCAGCGGCAGCGGCACCACUGUCCUCGGCCUGGGUAUGAGCCAGGGAGAAACGGACCCAGAUAAGAUCGCAGGACACCUGGGCGCAGAUGUCAAAAUUCUCUCCGGUGCCAACUUCAGUAAGAAUAAAAGGCCUCGCUCGCUGGCCCUGGGAGGGCUAGAGGGGGCGGCUGCUAAGGCAGGGGCUGCCAGAAGUCACAAUCACAUGGAGGAGGAAGAGGAGACGGAGGGACAGGACUCCAGUGAUGAGGACCGAAGUAAUACAGAAGCUAUUUUUGAUUUGGAGGAUCUGGAUUUAGACAAGCCUGCCAUGAGGGCUGGCAUCGGCUCUCAUAAAACCAACAAAUCUCAUAAGAAACUUGUUGAACGCAGUGCCAGCUACGGUGGCAUGAGCACUGAGGCGUCCAGAGGGACCGUCAAGCGCACAGGCAUUGAGACGGGAUAUGAUCCUCUAUCCCUGCUGGCAGCACAGUCACAGACGGAACAGGAAAAUGACGAUCAGUACCCAGAGGGGGACGAGGCCAACACGCCGAGCGCCCGCAGGCACUUAGCCAGGGAGAUCGAGCUCUACAUGAACCACAUGGGCAGCCCGCUGAGAAGCCGUACUCCCAGUCUGGACUUGCAAGACCCGGCCAGCCCCCUCAUCCUCCACCCUUCCUCACUCUCUGCUCCCCGCAGAGCCAGUCUGCCCUACAGCUCCCCCCUCAGGCCCGCUGGAGUGCCGCGCUCCUGCACCUUCCACCCACCCUCGCCCUCCCAAACCAUCUCACGCCAACGCCUAUGGUCGUCGCCUCCCUGUCGUAGCUCUAGCACCACCCCCAGCCCCAGCCCUCGACCCAGCCCGUACAGGGACAGGACGGACAGGAUGGGCCUGGCGUCACCUUCACCUUCGUCCUCCUCUUUCGCUCUGGACACUCUGCUCACACCAACGCUUGAUGUAUUCAAGACCAGUGUGUUCUCUGCUGGGAAGGGUGUGGCAGAGAAGGCGAGCCGCUGGUAUUCCCGUCUGGCCACGUACACCACACCUACCAAGGACGGUCACAGUGAUCGUCUCAGCGUGUCCUCGCUCGGUGGAGAUCCAGACGGCUCCUCUCUGCUGGAUGAGGAGGACUGUGGGGAGUCGGAGAGCUUUGUGGUUUCUCCACAGAGGAAUGGCCCCAUGGGGCCCCGCAGGAGCCCCAGACGCAGCCCCCUCCGCAGCAAACUGGACAGCCCCACUGCAGGCUCCAGCCUCGGGAGACCCACUUCUCUGCGCCCUGGAUGCGUCCUCUCGCCUCCUGGCUUCCUUCUGCCAGACAAGUCGGACCUCGGCUCUUCGCGCUACACCAGCAACACCAGCAUCUUCAACAACUACGCCAUGGAGCUGUAAGACGUGUGACUGCCUGGUGUACGAUGAGGAGAUCAUGGCCGGCUGGACGGCAGACGACUCCAACCUGAACACCACUUGCCCCUUUUGUGGAAACCCCUUUCUGCCCUUCCUCAACGUGGAGAUCAGGGACAUGCGAGGACCCGGCAGGCUUUUCCUGAAGGGAAGCCCGUCGGUGGACGAGGCAAUGACCUCAUCAUACUCAGCCUCCACAGGUUUGGACACAGGGACGUCCACCUUGUCCACUCCCUGUCCUACAACAGCUGUCUUCCCUCCCUCCCCUGUGAUUGCUGUCCAGGAGUGCUUGGGGAGUGGAAGGACUCGAUCGACCAGGGUUCAAGGUAUCAAUAUCCCCUCAGACCGCCGGAAGGGGGUGUCCUCCCCUGGAGCUCCCAUGGCCCGCAGUGUCAGCGCCUUCGGCCCUCUGGACGAAGGAUCCCGACUCAACCGUUGUGUGCCGACGUCGGGCAGCCUGCCCAGCCGCCUCAAUGAAGCCACGGACCCGCUGAGUAUGGAGUGGCGGCUGCACAACCCCGAGCCGGUGACGGUUCCCUACCUGAGCCCACUGGUGCUGUGGAAAGAGCUGGAGAGUCUGCUGGAGAACGAGGGCGACGCGGUGAUCACAGAGGCCGACAUGGUGGACCAUCAUCCCAUCAUCUACUGGAACCUGGUCUGGUACUUCAGACGGCUGGACCUGCCCAGCAACCUGCCCGGUCUCAUCCUCACCUCUGAGCACUGCAACAGAGACUCCCAGGUCCCUCGUCACUGGAUGUCGGAGGACAGUAAGCACGUGCUGAUCCAGAUCCUGUGGGACAACCUCAAGCUGCACCAGGACCCCAUCCAACCUCUCUACAUCCUCUGGAACACAUACAACGUCGGUUACCCUCUGUCCCGACCGGUCUCGGAGGAGGAGAAGCCGUUCAGCGAGGAGUUACUGCAGAGCGUGGUGAAGAGCAUCCAGAGGAACGACGUCAGCCGGCCGAUGGCUCAGCUGCUGCAGCUGCUGGGCCAGACGCUCGGGGUCAAAAGGCAAAGGAGUUUGUACAGGGACAUCCUCUUCCUCUCCCUCGUGGCUCUGGGAAAAGAUAACAUUGAUAUUGACGCCUUUGAUCGCGAGUACAAGCUGGCGUACGACCGCCUCGUGCCGAGCCUGGUGAAGCUGACCCAUAACUGUGACCGUCCUCCAAGCACGGGGGUGAUGGAGUGCCGCAGGACGUUUGGAGAGCCUUACCUGUGAAACGCUCACCUUCACAUACCUGGAGUAACUGUCACCACACACGUCAUAUUGCUUUAAGACAAGCUCAGGAAACCUGUUGGAAGACUGUGAAUGUGCACUACGGUAACAUUUGGAGGAGAGAAAAAAAAAAAAAGGUACAGUUGACGGUGGUCAGCGAUAUUGUAGCCCAUAACAACAACAAAGUUUUACAGACUUUAUCUCAGCUAAGUGAAGAUGGAAUCACACUCACAUCACUCAUAAACACAACUUCAUCCAGUGUUGUUGAGUGACGCUCACCUGGUGUCUCUGGAAACCCUGUGAACAAUUAUACAAAUAUUCUGUAAAUACACCGCAAUUAGAGGAUUUUUUUUAAAAUGCAACAUUUAUUUUGUAUAGUCAUACAGCAUAUGAAGACUAAUACUAGCAAUAUUUUAACUUGAACUCUAUUUAUACAAAGUAAGCUUUAUUUAUUGUAGUGUCUUGUCCCGUGGUCGCUGUUGUCUCGCGGUUUAAACCAGAACCAGAAGUCCUGAACGCUCGCUGCUCGUUUCCAGCAGACUGGAAGAGAUGUUGCAGUACGGAUUUAGUGUCUGUUGUAAGUGAUGACUAAGUGUUUCUGUGCUGUAUGAGUUGGGGCAUCACAAAAAACGAUAUUUAAAUUAGAGCUGCAAGGAUUAGUCGAUACUCGUUAUUCAACUGGCUUUAGCUUCUUAAAUGUGAGGAUUUGCUGUUUUUUGUCAGUAUGAUUGAAUAAUUGAUUAUUUACAGAUUUCUGACAAAACAAGUAGAUUUUCUCAUUAACAUUUCACAGAUAAAACAUUUAAAAAGGA